UAAGAGCGCGUACACGCGUUUACACGGGGAUUCGUAGCGAAAGAGUUUAAAAAUAUAUAUAUGUAUAACAAACUUUAAUAUAACAAUUAAUAUUGUAUCUAUAUGUGUUCGGUUCAUUAAUGGUUGUGCCAUCAAUAUGGUAGCUUAUCAACUUCUUAUCUGUUUUGUUGCAUCGACCCUCAUAUUAUCUUCUGCCAGCGCCAGUGUCCUCGACAAGUCUUGGUACAGUGAUCCCCACAACGAUGAUGCGUUAUCACGACCGAGAAGACAAAGUUAUGACUGCAGUGACGAAGAGUUCCAAUGCUUGGACGGCAGUUGCAUCGGCUUGGCGCAGAAGUGCGACGGUAAAGUGGACUGCCGGAAUGGGGACGACGAACGCGCCUGCCGUAUAAAAAAUAUAAACAAAUGCAACGACGGCACUGAAAUAUCCAUCGACCAAGUGUGCGACGGUAAAGUGAACUGCCCGGACCGCAGUGACGAGUCGCACGCGCUUUGCAGGAAGAUGCAGUGUCCAGACUACCUGUUCCGCUGCACGUACGGCGCGUGCGUGGACGGGCUGGCGCCGUGCAACAACGUGACCGACUGCGCCGACAACUCCGACGAGCUGCUGCCCAGGUGCAGGAAGGAGAGUAGUAUAGUCGGUGACAAAUUCAAAUGCGAGAACGGCGAAAGGAUAGACCUGUACCUCACGUGCGACGGCGUGUCGCACUGCGCCGACGGCUCGGACGAGCAGCUGCGCGCGUGCGCCGCCGCCGUCUGCGCCGACAACCUGUUCCAGUGCGCGUACGGCGCCUGCGUCGACGAGGGCGCCGACUGCAACGACAUACAAGAGUGCGCGGACGGCUCGGACGAGGACGCGUUGCUGUGCAAGCGGACAACCACCACAACCAGCACCACCACCACCACAACCGCCGAACCGGAUGUUCAACCGCAAGCCUGCGUCCUCCCGCAGCACCCCAAGAACGGUGUAUUCCGCUCAAACGUCAUAUACCUGCAGGACGCGCAGACCACACUCAUAUACGUGAAUACGACUUGCUACCAAGGGUACAAGAUUGUGGGGGAUGAGACCUUCCUGUGCAGUAACGGCGUCUGGUCAGUUACUUCGUUCCCCAAGUGCAUGAGGGCGUGCAAGCUGGAGCCGUCGGACAGCGUGGUGUACCGCUGCCUGUUCGCGGAGUGGGACGGCGCGGACGGCACGCGCGACUGCGGCGCGGAGGAGGUGGAGGGCGCGCUCGUGCAGCCCGAGUGCCGCCGCCCCAACUACUUCAGCUCCACCGACCUGCCCUACAUGCUGUGCGCUGACGGCGCCUGGAACUAUCGCCCCAAGUGCAACCCCGAGUGCGGCACGCUGACCCCGCGCGGCACCCCGCUGAUCCUGGGCGGGCAGGUGGUGGAGCGCGGCGAGGUGUCCUGGCACGCGGGCAUCUACUGGAAGAACAUCAGCCCGGCCGGCACCGCGCACGAGCAGAUCUGCGGCGGCUCGCUCAUCAGCGACUCCGUCGUGCUGUCCGCGGCGCACUGCUUCUGGAACCCGCAGCACGGGCAGCUGCCGAGCUGGCAGUACGCGCUGGCGGUGGGCAAGCUGCACCGCGCCUGGGACCACCCGGCCGACGCGCUCUACGCGCAGAAGCGGAACAUAAAAGAGAUAGUGCUGUCGGAGCGCUACUUCGGCGCGGCCAUCAACUACCAAUACGACAUGGCCGUGGUGGCGGUCAGCGAGCCGUUCUACUACCGCACCUACAUACGCCCCAUCUGCCUGAGCUUCGACCCCGCCUUCAACGAGGAGCAGCUGAGGGCCGGCAACCUCGGCAAGGUGGCUGGCUGGGGCCUCACCACGGGGCACAAGGGCUCGGAGUCGCCCACGCUCAAGGUGCUGGACGUGCCGUUCGUGCCGUUCGACGAGUGCUUCAAGAAGUCGCCGCAGCAGUACGUGGAGUUCCUGUCCGCGGACAAGAUCUGCGCGGGAUACGGGAACGGCACAACAGUAUGCAAGGGCGACAGCGGCGGCGGGCUCGGCUUCCCCGCGACGGUGCAGGGCACGGUCAGGUACUUCCUGCGCGGCAUCGUGUCCACGAGCCCGCCCUCGGACGACGGCACCCUCUGCAACCUGUUCGCGCUGACCAGCUUCACUGAGGUCAUUAAGCACGAGUCGCUCAUUAAAAAGUAUUGGUACGUGUAGCGCGUUACCACAGACACGAAGAGAACAUAGAGAACAUAGAGUAUAGAGCGUAGAGUGUAGAGGGGAGAUGAAAAGGUUGACCUGCGUGUUGUGUGUUGAUAUGGACUAUAUAUGGGGUUUCGCAACUUGCAAAUGUCGGGAAAUGUGUGUUUUGAACAUCAUAUUGCGGUUUAUUCUCGAAUGAUUUAUGGUAAUUUUCAAAAAUUGACGGGAAAAGAAAGACUACUCACAAAAAAAAAAGUUGAGGUGCCACACACAUACACAGAAUGUAGGCAAUAAUUGUCUAUGGCUCAAAAAAUGGUUGUGUAUUUUGAUUAUGCGUGCGACAGUCGCAGUCCAUUUAUAUAAUGUUAUUUUGCGAUAAUUUGUAUGUUACAUGUCAUUCUCAUUUUUUGUCGAUAGUCUUGAUUUAUGGUUUAUGAUAUUUUAUGCAUUGUAUACUAUAAUAUAAUUAAACGUAUGAAACUUUAUUACUUAUUAAUAUAGAAUAUAAGACUAAAUACUAACUUAUAUCCCUAUUUGAUUAAGUAUUGUAGCUCAAAUGGAAUGUAAUGUUUUUCUGUACGUUCGGCGCCAAAUUAAAUUAGCGUCGUCGUCAUUAUUUCAACGAACAUUACCAACAUGAUAUAAUAUGUAACCUCAUACUCAUGUUUACCUAGUAUAAAGACAAAAGAUGAUAUGAGAGAGAGAGAAAUAGAAAAUUUUAUAAAAACACGAUAGUGUUGUCAUAAAAUCGGUUGCAUAAUAUUUCAACUUCUCGGUGACUACUAAAAAAGGAACAAUGUCCAUUUCAUUGUUUGCCAUUCUAAUAUAGUUUAUAUAUUUAGGUAAUAAAGAAAAGGUUUAAAAGGUUUAUAAGGUAAGGCUUGCCUAUGUCAUCGUACACAAUAAAAUCAGUUGGAUUAUAAUGUAACGAGAUUGUCAAAGAAUUGUGAUCUGUAAUACAAUCGCUUGCCAUUUAAUGUAUUAUUAUAUUUUAUCGUAUGCACAUUUCACAAUAUAUACGAUUUCACAUCGAUAGACUUAGAUUAUAAUCUAUCGUAAAAUAAUGCGUUAAAUUCCAGCAGUACCAUUUUUUGACAAAUUAUAACUUUUCCGAUGAGUUAGCAUAUUUACAUAAAAAAAUAAAGACAUGCAGAUUUUAAAGCGUGAUUCCAUAAGCAUUUGACCUUAUUUUCAUUCCAAAUUUUUUUUUUUUGCUCACAAUGGUUGUAAAAGAGGUUGUCUAAAUGUACUAAUAAUAAGAGACAAGAUUUGUUUGUAUCUAAGAAUGUUUGUAACGAUUUCACACAAAAAAUGCUAGACCGAUUUUUUUAAUUCUUUCACCACUGGAAAGCUGCAACUACACCGAGUGACAUAGACUGUAUAUGUACCACGAAGCUGGGGCGAACAGCUACUAUGAUAUGAUUUACAGAAACAUUAUAUAAUAAAAUCUUACAAUACGUAUGCGUGCUUAUUUUAAAGAUAGUUUCUAAUAAAAUAUUGUUCUAGAGAACAAUAAAUGGUGCUCAAGGUAUAGGAGAUUGUUUGUACAAUCAGCUGUUUAUAAAAUGGCUUCGAUUUUAGUUUGUAAAUCUAAUUUAAAACCAAAAAUACUCUUCUUGCCAAUAUAGCAAAUUUACUAUACAUAGUUUGUUAUUAAUCCACGUAAUUAAAAUAUAUAUGUGUGGAUACUAUAAGUAUCAUUAUAAUUUUAUAUACUAUUUCGCGAAGAAGACAUAUUAAGUUUAAGUCAUUAAAUAAAGAUUUCAGUCAAGAAUACGUUCGUAUAUAAGUUUGUCUAUGACAUUAUCGAGUUUGUCUAUAUGGUGACAAAAUACAUCACCUUUAAGUCCAAAUAAUUUUUUUUGUAAUAGUAAUCAACUAUAAACAAAAGAGAUAUAAUUGUUACGAAAUGUUAGCUUUUGACAUAGUUAUAUGUUAUGAUAUAAAUGUAUGUUUCCUAUGAGAUACAAUAUUA